CUUCAGCCGGGCGGAUGAACGUUGUCGCUCUUAGUGUGAAUUCGAUCCGGGAGCUUCUUUCAGCUGAAGUCACAGAUUUGUUAAAAUUCCGCACACGAUUACUGAUAGCACCUCUGUGCCGCACGUUCCUCAGGCACAUCUGUAAAUUGUAGCCCUGCCCGCGAACAGCCCAUAUCAAGGCCUUUCUUCUGCAAGCGCGCACGUUGAGGCGUCGGAUAUCCUACUAAAUGUCAGGAGCUAGUUUUCAUAAGCACUGGCGUCGCUGCAUCGCUUGUUGUUGAAGGACCGCAGGCGUGAACAUCACGAUGAACUUACUGAGACAAAUCGCUCAAUGUUUCAAACCUGAUACUCAUGCGGAAAGCCAUGAAAGGGCCUCAGCCGUGUGCGAAGGCUGCCCGGCGGUCGGGGUGCGAACAGCCCUAACCACCGCCGGCUCAGCGGAGUGCUCCCGGCACGACGCUGGGCUUACCUUCUCCGCCUCCCCGUCGUUUACAGCGUCCAUUCUAGCCUCCAACUUUGCAGCGGGCUCUCUCGAAUCCGCAGCCGCCUGCUUCACCAGUACCGCAUGCUCAACUGCAGCUACCGCGGGGCUUGCGGGCGGGGCCACGCCACCCUCAGGCCCAAAUAGCAGUGGCAGCAAAGCAGCAGCCAUGUCAGGCAUGCCGGCAGAUGCUGCCGUUGCUACUGCUGUUGCUGCUGCUGGAGCGGCUCCUGACCAGAUGCUACACAGCACUGGGGCGUCGGCAGCGGUCGUUGCCCCCGCGGCGGUCCAAACAGCACAGGCAGGGCGGCUGUUCGAUCUGCUUCCCGCUGCCGCCGGCCACGAUGCCAUGUACGGCGGAGCGGGGCGGACCACCUCUGGGCCGGGGAGCUCCACGCCCAUGUUUGAAAGUUGUGUGGCAUGCCCGGGCGGCGCAGAUGCUGCAGCCGCUGCUGGACCCGCAGUCACGGAGCUGCAGGUGGCGUUCAGCGCCUACAACACCCGCGACAUAUGUGCGCGGGACCCCACCAUGCGCAUAAGGCAUCUGAAGGUGAUGGCCACUGGGCCCAGCGCUGUCAUCUAUAAAGGGACGUGGCAGGGCAUGCUAGUCGCAGUGCGGUUCACGCUCCACAAGGGCAGCUGCUGCAGCGCAGCAGCCAGUGCCGGCCCGGACAGCUACGGCCCUGCUGCAGCCGGUGGCAGCGGACCUUAUGAGCUGGGCGCGAGCUCGCCGGAGCAAGCCGCGCAGACCACGUUCCGCCGUGUUUGUGGGAUGAUGGCGAGCCACUGCACCCCGCAGCGCUCCCACUGCACGCGCGUGUACGCAUGCGAUUUCUCCAGGGUCGUGCGUGCCGCUGACUCCGGCUCCGCCUGGGCCUCCGGCGGCGAGGGCGGUGGCAGGGCUGCGGGGCUUACAGUGGUUGCAUGUGACUGGGCGGCAGGGGCGGAACCCCAUGACGGAGGUCUUUCCACGCCACCGGCCCAACAGCUGCCGUACAGCAUCCACAGCAGCCUGGACGAUAGCUUGGCCAGCAGCAGCAGCGACACUGGGCUCUCGCAGGGACGGGCCUGGGCAGCUGCACAGCAGCGUUGCAAUCCUCUGGCUGGCAGCAGGCAGGGCCCUGGCGCUCACACGGGCAGCGCCCCGACCGUCAACCGCGCAGACGACCUUGAGCGCAGCGGCAGCAGCUGCUGCGGCAGCGGCGGCAGUAGCAUCAACUCUGCUGCGACGGCUGCGAGCGCGGCUAGGGGCAGCAUGGGCGGGGCUGUCGCGGCGGUAGGCUGUGGUGUUCCUGCUUCGGCAGGCUCCAGCGCACACUCCAGCGCGCAUCUGCCCCGGCCAUCAGGCCAGGCGCCUGCCCCUGCCGCAUCCUCCCCCGCCGCAUCGCGCUUCCACUUCAGCUCUGUGCUGUGCAGCUGCCCGCCGCCCGCCUGUGGCUCUGCCUCGCCCACCGCAGCUGCUCAGCAGCAGCCCCUGCAGCAACACGUACAGGAGCAGGAGCUGCCGCUCUCAACGCUUCAGGGCCUUCUGGCCUACCUGCGCGCCGCUCCGGGCGACUCCCUCCUGCACACGGUGUUGGAGCAGGGCUGCUGCGGCGACCUGUGGCACGGCGUCCGGUGUGGCGUGUACGACGCCUACGGCUCCGGACCGCUAGGCCCACGGGGCGCCAUGACGAACCUGGUGCACAGUGCACGCGGCGUGGCGGCUGGGCUGCAGCAGCUGCACCAGGCGGGGGAGGUGCACGGCGGGCUGUGCCCCGGCAACGUGCUGCUGCAGUGGAGCAGGCCGAAUGGGCCUGCGCACGCGGAGGAGGGCGGCGAGGUCAUGAUGUUGGCAGGCGCGUCGGGCGCCGCCGCGUCCGGCAGCAGGAGCAGCGGCAGUGGCGGUCGGAAGAAGUGGCGCCGGGGUCUCUUUGCGGCUCGCAUCACGGACUGCGGCGUGCGCCGGCUGCUGCUGGGGCCGCAGUGGCAGCAGCAACUGGCGGCGCAUGCUGACCUUCUCAGCUGCACAGCUCCCGAGCUGCUGCCACCGUCAUGUGCCGACUCAACGGCGGGCAGUCGCCAGACAAACGCUGAGCUGCAGUGGCAGCCACACAACGACAUCUACUCGUUCGGGUGCCUGCUUUACCUCAUGUGCACCGGCGGCCUCCCCAACUCACACCGUCUUCGCCCACGGCCUGCUGCUGGCUCGGGUGCCUCCGCCCCGAUUGCUGACCCCAACGGCUGCACGGAGCCGCCGGCUACUACCAUCUGGCCCUCCAACGUGUGGCCGCCCCUACGCAGCCUGGGCGAGGCGUGCAUGGCCACCGACCCCGCCCUGCGCCCCACAGCCAGUCGAGUGGUGCAAGUGCUGCUGCUGUGGGAGAGCCGGCUGUGCAGCUCGCGGCAACAGCAGCUACUGCAGUACGACGGCACGCGCGCAAUGCCCACGCAGCAGCCCACGCGCCUCAACGUGUCCGCGCCCGACUUCCCCACACUGGCGGCUGCAGCAGCCAGCCGCAACGGCGGGUGUAGCGGCCAUGCUACGGAUGUAACGAGAGACGGCAUCGGCGCUGUCGCGGUGGCUUUAGCAGGCUCUGGCUGUAGCGAUGUGCCGGCAUCAGCCUUUGAGGUACAGCCGCGCCUUGUGGAGCAGCACCAGCAGCAUCAGGUCGCCGCGCGUCUGCCGGGCCGUACCGGCAGCGGCGGCGGCAGAGUCGCUGGGGGCUGCCUCGUGUUGGGCGUGGGUUCUGGCGCGUUCUCGCACACGCUUGACUCAGUGGCUGAGGCGGAAAUGACGGCGUGCGGCAGUGGCUGCAGCAGCGGCGCCGAGGAGCGUCUGAAGCGGGGCACCGAGGAGCAACCUGCGGGUGCCGCCGCCGGGGCUUCGUCAUCAGUGACCUGCGGCGGAGGUGGCAUGGGCACGGUGCGCGGUGCAUUUAUGUCCAGCCCUGCACAUGCGCUUGUUGCGGCGGACCUGCUGCACAAGCCAGCGCGGCAAGUGGGCGUGCCGAUGGCGGCUCCGGAUGCUCAGUCGGCACAGCAGCAGGCCUGCCCGGAGCAGCCCGGGGCGCUUGCAGCGGCAGCGGUAGCAGCGGUCGCUGUGGGCCAGCCGGUGGCUGCUUCGCGGAGCAGGGAGGGGCGAAUCCGUGCGCUGCAGAUGCAGUCCAUGCCUUAAAUGAACGCAAGCCCUCGCGUAGCCGUGCAUGGGCAUUUCGCGUUCAACUGUCCAACAGAGCAGGCAAUCAUACUUAUGAUUGGCAGCUGCGCAGCAUUUCCGCAGCUGCGCGGCAGUUCCGGGACCCAGCAAGCAAACGUAACAGUUGAGGACAAACCUUGAGCGCAGCUGUGCCUUUGUAUUCGAUCAAUGUGCGCCAAAGCGUCACUCUUUGCAAGGUCUGGCGGUAACGUGUGAUGUCGGAAAGAUACUUUAGUUGGUGGAAUGGUGGUCGCGGCCAAGGAUGAGCAGGUGUGAGCCGACGCAGGGUAGUAUGCAUACGAACAUGUGUGAUUGUAACUUCCGGCAUCGUGGGAGUGGGAUUGUUCAGAAAGAUGGGCACGGAUAGACGUGCACAGCUUAGCGAUGAUGUUGUCUGGGGAGUGAGUAUGUGAUGUUGAAGAUGGUUUUCAGGGCGCAAGGUGCAUGGGCCGCUUUAUUGAUCCAUAUUACUGAUGUGACCUAGCACGGCCGCCGGACAUUGGUGAAGGGGACAUGGUGCAGUUGUCUUCAGGGAUACGUGGAGGCUAGAACUGUGGGCAAGCGCCGCCUGCAGGUGCUAUUAUUACUUGUCCGGCAAGAGAGAUUCAAUCCGGGUUACCAAGCUUGCCCACGGAAGCUUUGCGCUAAUUGGUCAAGUGAAGUGUGGAGCCGCUGAGGUUAGGCGUGGUACAGGGUAUGAGUUCCCAUCUAAAUCAAAAGGCAGCUGUGCGUUCGGGAGACGCCCAGAAGAAAGUGCUCAAGUGACUGAGGAGAUGAGACGUAAGAGCAAGGCUAGGAUGAUGUUAUGAGGAGGAGGGCGAGGCAAGUGAGCGCGCAAGGAGAGUAACAAGGACUUGAGUCGACAUGUGUGGUAACGGCGGCGUUUCAGCUACGCGUGAUGGGUGGUGUUGAUAAACACCGGUUUUGGGCAGUCGACUACGCCUUCUUGGCCUUCUUGGCCCGGAACUUCUGGAGACGGUCCCGCGUCGGCCAGACUGAAGGGCUGCAGCCGCUCCACAGACUUGGCCACGAUGGCGCCCACGAUGUCGUCGUAGGUGAGGUCGGUGCGGUAAACCGACACCACCAGCACACACGUGUUGUCCUUCACCGGCGCCACACGGUGCUUGUUGGGCAGGGACCCGGUGGUCGGGUCCAUGAUGU